AGUUCUUAUCUUUAUUCGAAUGGAAAUGAAAUGAAAUCAAGCAAGCAAAGCACACACUCAUUCACACACACACGCACACAGAGUAAUGUGACAGAGCGUCGAAUCUAAAGAAUCAUUGAGAUCAGAGAGAAGUGUGUGCAGAGCAGAUUGAAUUCCUCAGUUUGAAUGGAUCGAAGAGAGAUGGAUGGAGGGCAUGUAUCUAGGGCUGAUGAGCAUCGAGUGCUUUCCGAUUUGUCUGCUUUCCCAAAUGUCGCAGCAAUGUUGGCCUUCGACCAGAUCUGGAAGAAGAAUCGAACCGAGAAGAAGAAGCGAAAAAUCGACCAAAUUCAUACGGAGCAACACCAUAAAAAACCUGGGCAAAUGCAAGUUACUGAGGGCUCAAAGCUUCAUGAAGUUGUGAUUUUAUCGGACGAUAGUGACGGGGAUGUUGUGAAAAAUAAUCAGAGCUGCAAAAUGGGUGGCGAGGAAAUAAUGCAAUCAGUGGAGGUGAAAAGGAUGCGAGAAAGUGGGCAAGAGGAAGAGGAGAAAAACAAUAAUGUUGGUGUCGGAAUUGUUAAUCCAAAAGUGAGCAGUGUGCAUAUAUCUAAAGUGGAUGAGUACCAAACACUUGCGGAUUUGACUAAUUUCCCAAACCUUUCUUCAACGUUGGCCUUUAAGGCCACCCGGAGGAAGAAUAGAAAGAAGAAGAAAAAUAAGAACAGAAAAAUCGAGAUCGGAGUGCAAAAUGAUACGGAACAACACCAUCAGAAACCUGGGCAAAUGCAAGUUACUGAGGGAGCAAAUCUUCAACAACUUGUGAUUCUAUCAGACGAUAGUGAUUUUGAAGUUACAAAAAAAAUUGAUAGCUGCAAAAUGGACAACAAGGAAACAAUGCAAUCAAUAGAGGCGGAAAGGAUACGAGAAAACAGCAAAGAAGAAGAGGAGAGAAGAAAUAAUGUUGGUGUUGGAAUUGGUAAUGACAAAGUGCGCAAUGGUCAUAUAUCUAAAAUGGAGGAGUACCAAAUGCUUGCUGAUUUGACUAAUUUCCCAAACCUUGCUUCAAUGUUGGCCUUCGAGGCCACCUGGAGGAAGAAUAGAAAGAAGAAGAAGAAAAAUAAGAAGAGAAAGCUCAAGAUCAGAGCUCAAAAUGAUAAGGAGCAACACCAUCAAAAACCUGAGCAAGUGGCGACAAUUGAGGCACCAAAUCUUCAAGAACUUGUGACUCUACCAGACACUAAUGAGAAUAGGGGCAUUAAAAAUGGUCAGAGCUGUGAAAUAAAUCGCGAGGACACAACAGAACUGAGAGAGGAGAAGAAGCAAAACAACAACAAAAACGAAGAAGAGCUGAAAGGUGAUAAUGCUGGUGUUCAAUCUGCAGAUCACAAAGUGAGUAAUGGACAUGUAUCAAAAGCAGAUGAGUACAAAAUGCUCAUGGAUUUAACUGAUUUCCCAAACCUUGCUGCAUUGUUGGCCUUUGAGGCCACUCAGAGAAAUAAUGGAACGAAGAAGAAGAAGAAUAAGAAGAGAAAAAUCGAGUUGAAAGUGCCAAACAAUAUGGUACAAAUUCCUUUGAGAGAGAGAGAGAGCUUCCUUUUAUAUUAUUUUUAUUUUCAGGCUGAUGUUGCAAAGGAAGAAACACAUACAAACACUUGUAAAGCUAUUGAAACUACUAAAGCAUUCAAGGUUGAUGACAAUCCAAGUUCUUUUGUGAUUGCCGAUCUCUAUUUAUCAAACUCACAAGAGGAUACUGUUAAUGCUGUGGAGGAAGACAAGCAGGCAGACUCAAGCAGAGAAAUUAUACCUUAUCUACCAAAACCAGUCAAAAGCAUGGAUGAGAUUGUGCCAAGAAAGCUUCUUUGUCGCCCCAGAUAUUUUAAUCACCCUGAAAGCAGUAGGGUGAUGGCUACACCUGUUACUCGUAAGAUGCAAAAGAAGAAGAAACCCUGCUUUAUUUGUGGGGGUCUCAAUCACAAUGUGACACAUUGCAAACAGGUAAUUGAUUGCUCUGUCUGCUCUGGAAGAGGUCACCUUGCCAAUGAUUGUCCGGAGAAAUAUGCAAUAAAGGAUGAGAGUUCCAAAUUUUGUUUAAGAUGUGGGGACUCUGGGCAUGAUUUGUUUUCAUGUAGCAGCGAUUAUUCCUAUGAUGAUCUCAAGGAAAUACGAUGUUUUGUUUGCAAAGCUUUUGGCCAUCUUUGUUGCGUUGACUACGUGGUUAAGGACCAAGGUUGCAGAAUGGGUGACUCCGAAAUUUCCCAACCUUAAGACGGUUCAAUAAAGAUCAUUAAAAAAUAAAUAAUAAUAAAAAAAAUGUGAUCCAGUACAAGGAAAGGGUGAGUAAAACUGGGUACCAAGGAAGUUUUUGGCUGAUUUUCUGGUCCUAUAUAUCCUCAAGGAAGUUUCAACCAUCAAAGUGGAACUCCGAGUUGACAAAUUUUUAGCAGUCAAAUGGUGUCGACACGAAGGUUUGGCGGCCCUUGCAUGGGAGAAUAAAUUAAUAAGGGUCGUUCACUUCCGAACUCUAUUGAAAAAGAGAAUGUUCUCUUCAGUGAGUUCAACCUGUUGUAACCUUGUAAAUAUGCACUCUUUUGCAAGUUAAUUUGACAUUAUCUCAGAUGUUGAAUUGGUUGGUAGUUAUAUAUAUAUAUAUAUAUUUUGUCUAUUUAGGCCUGUGAUGUUCUAGGUUAGUUUUAGUGGCUCGUUAUAGGUUCUUUCAAUGUACUCUAGUUUGUAUCUCUUUCUUUGCAUCUUUAUGUAUCUUGUAUUUUUUGUUU